CACCGCAUACAACCACCAGAACUAGAAUGUCAUCUGCGACCUCACAGCAGGCAGUCGCCUCCCUCCACACCGAGGUGACCCGCCUCCGCCAUGAGCUCCAGACCCUCAAGGGAGAACACGAGUCUCCCGCCGCCGAACAGACGAUGUACGUCGGCCAGUACCUCGUCGAGCGGCUCGUCCAGCUCGGUAUCACCAAAAUGUUUGGUGUCCCCGGAGACUUCAACCUUGGCUUCUUGGAUUUCGUCGAGGACCACCCCAAGAUUGAUUGGGUUGGCGACUGCAAUGAGCUCAAUGCCGCAUACGCCGCUGACGGCUAUGCCCGAGUCAACGACGGCAAGAUCGGCGUCGUACUCACGACCUUCGGUGUCGGAGAACUGAGUGCCAUGAACGGUAUCGCUGGUGCUUUCUCGGAGCACAUUCCCGUCCUCCACCUUGUCGGUGUGCCGAGUACCUCUCAGCAAAAGGACAAGCCCAUGCUCCACCACACUCUUGGCGAUGGCCGCUACGACGCGUAUUACCUGGCUUCCCAGCAGUUCACGGUCGCGCAGGGCAACCUGAACAACAAGGACACCGCUGCCGCCGAGAUCGACCGUGUGCUCACCGAGUGCUUAGUUAUGGCUCGCCCCGUAUACCUUAUGCUCCCCACCGAUGUUGCCUACCAGCGCAUCUCCGCGAAGCGCCUCCAGACGCCCCUCAACAUCGAGCCUCCCGCCAACGACGAGGAGACGGAGGAGUUCGUACUCAACGAGAUCAUCAAGCUCGUAGAAGAGGCAGAAAACGACGCGAUCCUUCUCAUCGAUGCGUGUGCCGUCCGGCACGGCGUCAAGCAGGAGGUCGAGGACCUCUACAAGCAUACCGGCUUCCCGGUCUACUCCGCCCCCAUGGGCAAGAGCGUGGUCGCUGAGACCUACGAGCGUUAUGGCGGUAUCUACGUCGGCUCGAUCUCCGCACCGGCGGCGAAGGAGAAGGUUGAAAACGCGAAGCUGAUCUUGUCCAUCGGCGGCUUGAGGAGCGAUUUCAAUACCGGUAACUUCACGUACCACAUCCCCACCCAACGUACCAUCGAGCUGCACUCCGACCACACCCGCAUCCGAUUCGCCACCUUCCCCGGCAUCGGCAUGAAGCGUCUCCUCCCCAAGCUCACCGCACGUCUGCAGCCAUACAAGGCGGGCGCAGCCGCACUGGAGGUGCCCAAGUUCCAGUUCCCGGUCCCGAAGGAAGACAACGAGAUCAUCUCGCAAAGCUGGCUGUGGCCGCGCGUCGGCCAGUUCUUCCAAGAAAAGGAUAUCAUCGUCGCGGAGACCGGCACGUCGAGCUUCGGUGUGCUCGACAUCCCGCUCCCCAAGGACUCGAUCUUCGUCUCCCAGAUUCUCUGGGGCAGCAUUGGCUGGACCGUCGGUGCUACGCUCGGCGCGGCGUUCGGUGGCCUCGACCGCAACCUCAACCGCACCAUCCUCUUCAUCGGUGACGGCUCCAUCCAAUUGACCGUGCAAGAGCUGUCGGUCAUGAUCCGCUGGGGCCUGAAGCCCAUCAUCUUCGUGCUCAACAACAGCGGUUACACCAUCGAACGUUACCUGCACGGCAUGACGCGCAAGUACAACGACAUCCACAACUGGAAAUGGACAAGUCUGCUCGACACGCUCGGCGGCGAGGAGGGCAAGAACUGCAAGUCGUACACCGUGCGCACGAAGACGGAGCUCUCCGCGCUGCUCGACGACCCCAAGUUCGCGAACCCGGAGGUCAUCCAGCUCGUCGAGCUCAUCAUGGAGAAGAACGACGCCCCGCGCGCGCUCAAGGUCCAGGCCGAGCUCAGCGGGAAGACGAACCGCUACGUCGCGGAGGACUAAGCCCCCUCUUCAUCGCGGCUGCUGCUACCUAUCGGUAUCGGCGCGGGCGUAUUAAUUAUGGCGCGCG